AUGAUCGUAGGGGGCACAACUACAGCCGGAUCUUCCAAGAAAGCCCGCAAGACCUACCUCAGGAUGGUCCAUAGCGUCCAACUCACAGGAUCAGUACCAAAGAUGCCGCGGAUAGAUAACCCCGUCAUAAACUUUUCAGAGGAUGACGCUCGGAGACUUUAUCAUCCUCAUGACGACGCGCUAGUAGUCAGCCUGCAGAUUGGGGAUUAUAAUAUGCAUCGGGUCCUCGUCGACAACGGCAGCUCAGCAGACAUCCUAUACUAUCCAGCAUUCCAGCAGAUGAGGAUUGACAAGGAACGAUUGUCCCCAACGAACGCCCCACUCGUAGGAUUUGGGGGUACGAAGGUCUUCCCUUUGGGCGCGAUAACGCUAGCUGUGACGGCAGGAGACUAUCCUCAGCAGAUCACUAAGGAGAUAACGUUCCUCGUAGUCGACUGCUCGUCCGCUUACAACGCCAUACUCGGGCGACCCACUCUCAAUUCCUGGAAGGCGGUAACCUCUACAUACCACCUAAUGAUCAAAUUCCCGACGGAAUAUGGGGUAGGAGAACUGCGGGGGAAUCAAGUAGCAGCACGAGAAUGCUACAUCUCUAUGUUAGAGAUGGAGGAUCAGCAGCAGAUAAUGUGCAUCGGGAAACAGCGAGCAUUAGCAGAGCCGGUUGAAGAGCUAGAAGAAGUAAGACUUGACGACACACGGCCUGAAAGAACGACUAAGAUUGGCACACUAGCCAGUUGGCCCGUACGCCAGACGAUCACAACUUUCCUAAGAAAUAAUCAAGACGUAUUCGCUUGGAAUCAUGAAGACAUGUCGGGAAUUGACCCAUCGGUCAUGGUCCACAAGUUGAAUGUGUCGCCCUCCUUCCCUCCAGUCCGGCAAAAGAAACGAGUCUUCGCCCGAGAACGGGAAUAG